AUGUCUUUUGGUUCAAGUAGUUCGAGUGGGUUUGGGGAUCUGUCAGAUUCGCCGUCUAGCCCCGCGCAGCAAGAGUUUAGCAACUUUUUAGAGCAAGAAAACCAAAAGGCUGCUGUGCAAGCAGUAAUUGCGAAGCUCACAGAGCUCUGCUGGGACAAAUGCGUCCAAAAGCCUGGCAGCAAACUGUCGAGCUCGGAGACAGAAUGUUUAUCGAACUGUGCCGAGCGCUUCCUUGACGCAUCGCUGUUUAUCAUGCAGCGAAUGGUCAAGAAACAGUAA